AUGUCUUCUUCCACCCGUCUUGAUCCCCACACCAAUGAGGCUCCCGCUGACUCGCGGUCCAUUUCUGACGAUUCAGAUACAAGCAACGAGGAGGGUUGGGAAGAUGUUGAGCCAGAAGAUGACUCGCAGCCCGUCGUGGGACUAUUUUCUGAGGAAGUCUUUCCGGAUGUACGUUCCAUGUUGAAGGAUAGCAAAGAAAACCACCAUUUCGACCUGCCGAAGAUUCAGAAAGAACUUGAUCUGGAAUUCCUGGAUAUGAUCAAACUGGUCAACUAUGUUCGGUCCCAGGUGAAGGCGGGGAACAAGACCCCCGAUGUUUCGACGAAAGCAAAGUUCGCCGACGAUGCCUACCUCAAGCCCACUCUCGAGGAUGACGCCUUGCUGUAUAGUUUGGACGACAUACUCGAGGACCAUGGAGACGACUCAGUUCCUGGGAGUGAGGCAGAGCGACGCGUCCUUGAACUCCAGGAGGACUUGGAACGACUCCAGAAUCAAUUUUCUGAGUACAGGCUCGCCGUGCAGAAAUCUAUGGAGGACCAGUUGUCUCAGGAAGACGAGAAACUCGGGUCCACCUCAUCUGCCCAUGGUACUGCGAGGAAGCCGACCGAUCGAAUCCAAGAAGCCGAUGCCGAUUAUUUCUCUUCGUAUGCUUAUAACGCGAUCCAUGAGUCGAUGCUGAAGGAUAGCAUCCGCACUGAUUCUUACCGGGAUUUUGUGUAUGACAACAAGCAUAUCUUCAAGGACAAGGUGGUCCUCGAUGUGGGCUGUGGAACCGGGAUUCUGUCCAUGUUCUGCGCGAAGGCCGGCGCAAAGAAGGUGAUCGCCGUGGACAACUCCAACAUCAUUGAUCGGGCCAAGGAAAUCGUAUAUGAUAAUGGCCUGGGCGAUGUGAUCACAUGUAUCCGCGGCAAGAUUGAAGAGGUGGCUCUUCCGGUAGAGCAGGUCGACAUCAUUAUUUCCGAGUGGAUGGGCUAUGCGCUGCUAUUUGAAGCCAUGUUUGAUUCGGUGAUCUACGCCCGAGAUCGCUACCUGGCCCCCGAUGGCCUCAUGGUUCCGUCGCACGCGACGCUCCGGAUCGCACCUUUCACGGAUCCCGACUUCAUUGCAUCCCACAUUUCCUUCUGGAACGAGGUCUAUGGCUUCAAGAUGACCAGCAUGUUUCUCAACAUCUACGACGACGCUCUUGUUCGCAGUAUCCAACCCACCACGAUUGCAGCAGAGUCAGCCGUGUUCCUGUCACUCCCACUGCACACCAUCACCGUCGAUGAAUUGACCUUUCUGAAGGACUUCCAGGUCACUCUGAAAGAGGAUAUUGAUGCCCUCGAUGGAUGGGCAAUCUGGUUUGACAUUUUUUUCAUGCCUUCGAGAGACUCUGUGGUGCCCGACAAUGCUGUUCCUUCGGAGAUGCAGAAGAGGGGUAUUGUGGCUUUCACAACUGGGCCUGAUGGACCCGAAACGCAUUGGCAGCAGGGUGUUCUGCUCAUCGACCAUGGCAAAAAGUCUCCGCAACCUCUGAAGAAGGGACAGUCUAUCACAGGCAAGGUGGGCUACCAGAAGAAGGAAAAGGGCUCGCGGUUGUUGAACAUCAGUAUUGAGUGGGAAGGAAGUUCCCAGGAGAAAGGCAACCAACGCUGGGGUCUUCAAUGA